AGCUCCGUUUUCCUUCCUGACUUGAACGCAGCAGCCGGCCAGCUGAUCCGUCCCGGGUUCUGGUGGAUCUGCAGGUUCGAGUCCAGCUGCUGAUCCGGGUCCAGGCGGAACCAUGAUCAGACUCUUCAGCUUCCUUCUCUUCUCCUCUGGACUCUCCGCUGAGCUGAGGACGUCCUCAGAGAUGUUCGGCAGUCUUCAGUCCCCCAACUUCCCGGAGACGUACCCCCCAGACCAGGACCUGCGCUGGAACAUCAGCGUCCCCCAGGGCUUCCAGGUCCGGCUCUACUUCAGCCACUUCCACCUGGAGCCAUCCUACCUGUGCGAGUACGACUCCGUCCAGGUGGAGACGGAGGGGCAGGUUCUGGCCCGGUUCUGUGGGACAGAGGACACCGAUACGGAGGCGGUUCCGGCGGACCGGGUCCUGCGGUCCCCCAGGAACUCCCUCAGCGUCAGGUUCUGCUCCGACUUCUCCAAUGAGGAACGAUACUCGGGGUUCCUGGCUCACUACAGCGCCGUGGAUGUGGAUGAGUGCAGGGAUACUAGCGACGACCAGCUCUGCGACCACUACUGCCACAACUACGUGGGCGGCUACUACUGCUCCUGUCGCCACGGUUACCAGCUGCACCCCGACAACCGCACCUGCACAGUGGAAUGCAGCGGUGGUGUGUUCAGGGACCGCUCCGGCGUCCUCAGCAGCCCGGAUUUCCCGGCUCCGUACCCCAAGAGCUCGUCCUGCUCCUACCUGAUCCAGGUGGAGGACGGUUUCAGGCUCCGCCUCCAGUUCGACCCCCGGUUCGAUGUGGAGGAUCAUCCCGAGGCCCGCUGCCCCUAUGACUACGUCCAGAUCGAAACAGGAAGUGGCGGCUUCGGUCCGUUCUGCGGUAAUCAGUCUCCAGGAGUCGUUGAGACCGACAGCAACGUCGUCGCCAUCCGUUUCCAUAGCGACGGCUCCGGAGAAAACCUCGGCUGGAGGCUCGUCUACACAGCAACAGGAAGUCAGUGUCCGGUGCUGGAGGCUCCUCUCAACGCCGUGAUGAACCCCGUCCAAUCAGAAUACUCCUUCAAAGACCACGUGGUUUUCACCUGUGCACCUGGGUACCACCUGGUACAGGAUGGGGAGGUUCUGGAUCACAUCCAGCUGGACUGCCUUGCUCAUGGGUCCUGGAGCCGCCGUCCUCCUUCCUGUCAACUGGUGGAUUGUGGGAUGCCGAAGGAGGCGGACAUGGCUGAGGUUGUGUUUGGUAACCAUGACAACAGCACGCUGUUGGGAGCCACGGUGGUCUACGUCUGCAGGGAGGACGGGGGUCAGCUGAGCAACACCUCGUUCAGGUGCGGCCCGGCAGGAGACUGGAUCGACGCUGAGGGGGGAACCGGACCCCCCACCUGCCGGUCAGCCUGCGGACGCCCCGCCCGGCCCCUCCCCCCUCAGGUGAAGCGGGUGGUGGGGGGGCGGAGCUCCGAGCCUGGCUUCUUCCCCUGGCAGGUGCUGCUCAGCGUGGAGGACCGGACCCGGGUCCCGGAGGACCGCUGGUUCGGUUCCGGGGCCCUGCUGUCGGACUCUUGGGUCCUGACCGCCGCCCACGUCCUACGGUCCCUGAGGAGGGACUCCAGCGUGGUGCCGGUGGCCCCAGAGCACGUCCAGGUCUUCCUGGGCCUCCUCAGCAUCAAGGACCAGCAGGGCUCCACCAGCAGGACCGUGAACCGGAUCCUGCUGCAUCCGGACUUCCAGCCCAGCAACUACAACAACGACGUGGCCCUGCUGAGGCUGGAGGAGCCGUUGGACUUCAGCCCCCUGGUCCGGCCGGUGUGUCUGCCGCCGCCGCAUCGACAGGGCGACCCUCCCUCCCCGCCCCCCAACUCCCUCGGGGUGGUUGCCGGUUGGGGGAUCUCCAACCCCUCCUCCCCCCCUGCGGCGACGCUGCCCUCCGACCCCGUGGUGGCGGCGGCCGACCUGGGCGUUACCCCUGACCUCCUGCAGUUUGUGAAGCUGCCGGUAGUUCCCCAGGACGAGUGCCGCGCUAGCUACGCCACGCGCUCCAGCGCCUACAACAUCACCAACAACAUGUUCUGCGCCGGCUUCCGGGAGGGGGGGCGAGACACCUGCCUGGGGGACAGCGGAGGGGGGUUUGUGGUGGAGGACCCGGUCCGCCGGCGCUGGGCCGUGUGGGGGCUGGUGUCCUGGGGGGGGCCGGAGGAGUGCGGGACCCCCCGCAUGUACGGGGUCUACACCCGCGUGGACCGCUUUGUGGACUGGAUCCUGCAGCACCUGGGGUGACCCGGCACCUAGGCCCCGCCCCUUCACUCGCACGGAGUCACGUGACACAUAUAUUUACCUCACACAGGAAGUCACAUGACCGUGACGUUACACACUCCUCUGUUACACUCCUGAACACGGGAAAUAAACAUGUUAGCAUGUAGCAUGCCGGUGUGACAUCACUGCUCUUCGUACGCGGGACGGAAUGCUAAUAAAAGACGAUGAGUUUGAGUU